GAGGGAAUUGAACUACAACCUGGACUGGGUUUAACCAAACUAUUUAGACUGUGACGUCGUCGCCCCGUGGGUCAAUCAGGAUGGACGAUGAUGAGGAUGGGGCUGGGCGAGUGCGGGAGCUGCAGGAGCAGAGGAUGACCAUGCAGAAGAAAACCUUCACAAAAUGGAUGAACAGUGUCUUCGCCAAAAACAAGGACCACACGGAGGUGUUGGACGUGUACUCAGAUCUUAAGACCGGUCUGGUUCUAAUCCGUCUCUUGGAGCUGAUCUCUGGGGAGAAGUUGCGCGCUCAGACCAGGCCUCGGCUCCGGGUUCACUGCCUCGAGAACAACUCCAUCGCCCUGAACUUCCUAAGGACCAAGAUUCCAGUGAAGCUGAUCGGACCGGAGAACGUGGUGGAUGGGAAUCGAACCCUCAUCCUUGGCCUGCUCUGGAUCAUCAUCCUACGCUUCCAGAUCGGACCCAUCCAGGAGAAAGAGUCUGAAGGUCGUGCCCAGCGCUCAGCUAAAGAGGCUCUGCUCCUGUGGUGUCAGAGGAAAACCGCAGGAUACUCCGGGGUCGAUGUUCAGGACUUCUCCAAGAGCUGGAGGGAUGGACUGGCCUUCAAUGCGCUCAUACACGCACACAGACCUGACUUAUUUGACUACACCCGCCUCCUCUCAUCUGACCCUGGCUCCGCCCUUUGCCACGCCUUUGUCCUAUCAGAGCAGGAGUUUGGGAUCAUGCAGCUUCUGGAGGUGGAGGACAUGUUGGUUCCUCACCCUGAUGAGAAAUCCAUCAUGACCUACGUGUCUCUGUUCUACCACUAUUUCUCCAAGCUGAGGCAGGAGCAGACCGUGCAGAAGAGAGUUACUAAGAUCAUCGGGAUUCUGAUGGAACUGGACCAGAUGAAGCUUCAGUAUGAACAGCUGGUGUCUGACCUGCUGCACUGGAUCAACACAAAGAUCAAGCAGCUGAACGACCGGCGCUUCCCAAACUCAGUGAGGGAGAUGCAGACUCUGCUGACAGCCUUCAAAACCUACCGCACACAGGAGAAACCUCCCAAAUACCAGGAGCGUGGGGCGAUUGAGGCUCAUCUGUUCAAUUUAAAAACUAAACUAGUGGCAAACAACCAGCGACCCUACAACCCUCCAGAAGGGAGGACUCUGAGUGACAUUGAGAGGAGCUGGACUCUGCUGGAAAAGGCUGAACACGAGAGAGAACGAGCUUUAAUCAACGCUUUGCUCAGACUGGAGCAGCUCGAACAGCUCGCUCAGAAGUUUGAACGCAAGGCAUCUCUGAGGGAGUGUUACCUGGAGGAUACACUGCGUCUGAUCAGUCGACAGGACAUGAGGUCACUGGUCUCUCUGGAGGAGUCUCAAGCCGCGGGCCGGAGGCUGGAAGCUCUAUGUGCGGAUGUAGGGGCCAGAGAGCCCCGCUUCGCUGCUCUGAGAGAGAUGUCGCUCAGCAUAGAGAGGGGAGGGUACCACAGCAAAGAGCGCAUCAUCAGGAGGGAGCAGAACAUCAGUCAGAGAUGGAGGGACCUCCAGCAGCAGCUGCAGGAGCAGAGAGGCAUGUUGGGAAAUGUAGUGCAGACUCUGAGCAUGCUCCGAGACAUAGAUCUGGUGUCACAAGAGCUCAAACUGCUACAGGCUCAGGCGGCAACCUCAGAUCUGGGGAAGCAGCUGACAGAGGUGGAAUCUCUGCUGCAGAAACAGGACCUUCUAGAGGCUCAAAUAUCUGCUCAGGGAGAAGCUCUGAGCUCCAUCAGCACCGCAGCACUCAGGGGCAAAGGUCAGGACUCUCAGCAGGUGCAGGGCAGAGUGAGAGCUCUGGACGCUCAGUACAAGUCUCUGGUGGCCGUCAGCAGCAGCAGGAGGAAGCAGCUGGAGGCACAGCUCUGUCUCUGUGAGUUCCUCAGAGACUGUGAUGAUCUGGAGCAGUGGCUGUUUGAGCGUCUGGUCCAAGUGCAGACUUCAGGCCUGGGCCGAGAGCUGAGCCAGAUCGAGCAGGCUCUGCACAAGCACAAGGCGUUGGAGGCGGAGCUUCAGGCCCAUGAGGUAGUCUUUCAGGGGGUUCUGUCUCGGGGUCGGGACUUGGUCUCUAAACAGAAUCAGGACCAAAAGAAGACAGUCCAAAAGUGGAUCAGAAGUCUCCAGAAACAAUGGAACCACCUCCACAAUGAGAGCAAGGCCAAGAGGGAGAGACUGCAGGCUGCAAAUACUAUCAAACAGUACUUCUCCGAGGCUGAGGAGGUGUCCUCUUGGCUCAUUGACCGGAAGCCUCUUCUCACCUCAGACGAUCAUGGGAAAGAUGAGCAGAGCACCGCUGCUCUGCUACAGCGCCACCUCAAGUUAGAGAAAGAGAUUGUGGCUUAUGGUCCUGAAAUCUCAAGACUGAGCGAACAAGCCAAAACAGCAGCCCAGCUCAGCGCUCUGACUUCAGAGCCACAGCAGAGCAGACCUCUGCAGCUCAGCGACUCCUCUGCAGACGAGGGGGAGGGGCCACAGGCUAUGACAUCAUCACCUAGAGCAGGGAGUGGGAGGAGCCCUGUUACCCCCACCCCUCACACCGAGAGCAAGGCUAAAGUGCGUUUCAGGUACAGCAGAGGCCAGUUUCCCUGGGACCGUAAUGAGGUGGUGACCAUCAUCAGAGAGGAGCCCGAUGGAGACAGAGUCACAGCCCGAGACACCAGAGGAAACCAGCAGCUGAUCCCCAAGACCUAUCUCUCCCUGCUCCCAAACAAUGCUCGUCCUCUGGAACACUCCACCUCCUCCCCUAAUGCUCCUGAGGGCCCCAAGACCAGCCGGCCUCGACGCAGCCGCUCCAUGAGACGAGGCACCGCUGAGAUCCAGAUGUCAUGGACCCCAGAUCCGCACUACGAGAGGGGGGCUGUGGAGAGGAGCCAAAGUGGGCUGGAGGAGGAGUAUCAGAGUCUGCACAGGCUGGCCCAGUCUAAGACCCGCUCUCUGGAGGAGUGGCUGCGUCUCCAUCGGUUCUACAGCAGCUGUGAGGAGUUUGAGUCCUGGAUGAAUGACAAGGAGAACAUCCUCAACACGUUCAGCGCUACAGAAAAUCCAGGGGUCAUCCAGGCCAAAUAUGAGAAUUUCCUGACGGAGCUGGCGAGUGGGUCUGGCCAACUGGAUGACAUCAUGAAGAUGGGGGAGGAGCUUGUGAAAAGUGGCCACAGUAAACAGAGAGAGGUCCAGAGUAAACAAAAGCGGGUUAGCAGCAGGUGGGAGCGUCUGCAGCGACUCAAAGAAGACAAGGGCAGAGAAUUGCUGAGUUCAGCCGAUGUUCAGUCUUUUCUUCAGAGCUGUGAUGAGGCCCGGGCUCAGCUACAGGACCAGCUCCACAGACUGGGAGCAGCGCACGUGAACACAGAGGCUGCUCAAGUGGAUGGCACGCACUUGGGCUCGUUCACACUCAAAAACGAGGAGGAGGCUCAGAUACAGGCUCUAAAAGACAUUCACAUCCUGGAGGCAAAGAUCGCAUACCUCAAGAGCAUCGCCAAAAUGAAGCAGGACUGCAGCCCAGAGGAGAGCGCCGCCAUCAUGAAGGAGGUGAAGGCUCUGGAGGAGCUGCUCCGUCAGGUGAAGAAGCAGGCGGCCAACAGACAGACUCACCUGGAUGAAGCGCGACGUCUGCACAGCUUCCUGCUUCAGUCCAAACAACUGCAGCUGUGGGUGGAGUCAACCAGAGACCGCCUCCUAUUGGACGACACCGGGAGUGACAUCACAUCAGCAUUAGCUCUAAUUGGACAGCACCAGGAGCUCAGGGAGGAGCUUGACCAACAACAUGACAGGCUGCAGGAGAUGGAGGCUGAAGCAAAAUCUCUUCCUAAAUCUGGAAAUGUAGACAUUCAUGGAACUCUUGAUUUGCUCAAAGCUGAUUGGUUAAAACUGGACAAGCUGUGGACAAAUAGGAAACAGCGUCUGGAGGAAGGGGUGGAGCUACAGCGCUUGAACCAGGAAGCAGACCGUAUUGAGGCAACGCUGUCUGGACAUGAAGCCCGACUCGGGGUCAAAGAUUUGGGGGACUCUGUGGACAGUGUGCACAGUCUGCUGAGGAGACAGGAAGAGUUGGAGGGACUGAUCCGAGCCCUGGACCAGAGAGUGGAGCUCUUUGGUGAACGCUGCCACCACCUUGUGGAACAGCAGCACUACGCCUCUAAGCACAUCAGAGGGCGGAGCCGGAGCAUCCAGAAAGCCCACAGGAAGCUGAACGAGAGCAGCCAUGAGAGGAGGGCCAUGCUGCUGGAGGCGCACAAGUACCAGGAGUUCUUGAGAGAUGCUGAGGAGCUUCUGCUGUGGAUGGACGAGAAGUCUAAAGUGGCUGAAGACGAGUCGUACCGAGACCCGACCAACAUCCUGCGAAAACUCAAGAGGCACGAGGCUCUGGAGAAAGAGAUGGAAGCCAACAAAGACCGCCUGGACACACUGCUGCAGGUGAGCCAGCAGAUGCAGUCUGAAGGACACCACAGUGCUCAGAGCCUCAGCAGGAAGUGCACUGAGCUCAACAGCCGCUGGAGAAGACUCCAAGAGCAAAUGUGUGAACGAGGAGACAAGCUCCGACAAGCAGGACAACAGGAACAGCUCAUGGACCUGCUGCAGGAUGCUAAGUUGAAAAUUGAGGCAAUUCAGUGGAUGCUGAACAAUGCAGCAAAAGGACAUGACCUCCGCUCCAGUCGCCAGCUGCUCAAGGAGCACCAGCAGCUGGAGCAGGAGGCGGCUGAGCUGGCUGAAAAGAUGAACUCCAUCAUGGGUCGAGUCAAACGUUUGGCCUCCACUCACUUUGACUCCCAGAGACUUCUACAGGACACGGACACCUACCUCUCUCUGUUCAAGUCCCUUCAGAAGCCUCUGGAGCUGCGGCGCUCGGUGCUGGAGGCCUCAGUUCUUCUAUUUGAGUUCCACCAUGAUGUCGACUUGGAACUAAGCUGGAUCUCCGAGAAACUGGCUCUGUGUGGGGCUGAAAGUGGACUGGACAAGAGUCUGUCUGCUGCCCUAAGCUCCACACACAAACACAAGGAGCUGCAGGCCGAAGUGAACGCUCACAGCAAACACCUGAACUCUGUCCUGAAGAAGGGGAGGAGCCUCGCUAAAUCCAACCAAUCAGAUGCAGGCGUCAUUCUAGAAAGGUGUGACCAUCUGAAGGCAGAGUGGGAGGAGCUAGAGGAGGCCUGUAGCCGAAGAGCCGCUCAACUGAACAAGGCUGUAACCCGAGAACAGCUGCUGUUGGACUGUUCAGAGCUGGAGUCCAGACUCACUGAAGCUCUCAGUCUAGUGUCUAAUGAUGACUAUGGCAAAGACUCAACGGCCACUCAGAGCCACAUCUCCAAACACCAGGUGUUGAUGGGCCGUGUGGAGGUGCUGCAGUCUGAGGUGGAGGCUCUGGAGCUGCAGGUGGAGAAGGCCCAGAGGAGAUGGAGUCUGGAGGAACUCAGCCGCAGCUACACCCGCCUAGAGAACCUCAGUCGGGAACUGCAACACCAGGCACAGACCAGAGGUCAGAGGUUACAGGAAGUACUUGUUCUUCACGAGUUCAAACAUGAGGCGUCAGAGCUAGAGGACUGGAUGAAACAACAGAAGCAGAGCAUAGAGGCGCAGGAACCCAGUAGCGAGCAGCACCUAGAGCUGCUCAGGGGGAAGUUGGACGGGUUCCUCAAACAUCUGGACGUGUGUGAGGAGCGUCUACAGAUAUGCAAAGACUCUGGCACCAGACUCAUCCGGAACAAGCACCCACAGAGCCGAACUGUGAAGGAGAUGUUGCAGUCCCUCAGUGCAUGCUGGGAGGAGCUCCAGGGUGUGGCUUCAGAGCGAGAGGAGCAGUUGCAGAGAGAGGAGGCGUGUCUUAAAUUCUACCAAGAGCUCAGCGAUGCUCUGGCCCUCAUCAAGGAGCGGCACAAGAGCAUCCCAGACUCUGUGGCCAAAGACCUGAGAGGAGUGAUGUCACAGCAGAAGAAACAUCAGACUCUGCUGCAGGAGCUGGCCUCCACUGAACACCAGUUAAAUGAGCUUCAGGACGGCAUGGAUGCCAUCUUGGAUUCCUGCUCUCCUCACCUCAAGCCCCGCCUCCAGGAAGUGCAGCAGGAAGUGAUGGAAAGGUGGGAGGAGCUCCGUCUGGAAGCCGAGCAGAGGGAGGAGGAGCUUCAUGCGGCACAGCAGAGACACCUCUUCCUCAACAUGGUGCACGAUUACCUGUCGUGGUGUUUGGAGCUGAGGGGAGUGAUGGCGGCUGAGGAAAGCAUCAGUGAUGUUUCCACAGCAGACCUCCAGCUGUCUGCACAUCAACAACUCAGAGCCGAGAUGGACCAACGGGAAGAGAUCUACCAGCAGGCUGUGGACAUGGGGGAGGAGCUACAGAGACUGGACCGAGCUAAUCGGCGAGAGGUGGUGGAGAAAGUGCAGAGUCUGUGCUUAGAGCGAGAGCGUCUGGAGCAGCAGUGGGCCGACCGACAAAGGAGCUUAGAAGAGAUUCAGCUGGAGCAACUGUUCUACAGAGAAGCCAAUAGUCUGGACAAGACCUCUGCCUCUCAGGAGGUGCUGCUGCAGAAGGCUGCUGUGGGAGACUCUGUGGAUGAGAUCGAGGCCCUGAUCAAACAUCAUGAAGCUUUUGAGAAGCUUCUCCUCUCUCAGGACGACAAGCUGUACUCUCUGAAGGAGCAGUCGGACCGUCUGAGGAAGCGUGUGAGCUCAGAGCGGAGCAGUAGAAUCCGGAGCAAAUACAAGUCUGUGAUGAAGCGCAGAGAGAAGAUCAGAGAGCUGUCUGUGCAGCACAGAGAGGGACUGGAGCUAAACUACCUCAUCGCGCUCUUCAACAGGGACGCAACGCUGGCAGAGGAGUGGAUCAGCGAGCGCUCACACAAACUGUCUGAGGGCAGUGAGGUGGACCUGAGCAGUUUACAGAGCAAAUUGAACCUACUACAGAAACAUCAGGCGUUUGAGUCUGAGAUCCAAGCACACAGCCAGGACAUCAGCGCUGUGCUUCAGUCAGGGGAGCAGCUUCUGGCUCUGUCUCCUCUCUGCUCCACAGACGUGACCAGGACCAUGGCGUCUCUACGGCGACGCUGGGAAGAUCUGCAGACGGCUGUGGCUCUCAGAGGCAGCGCCCUCCAGGACCACAGGGAUCUGCUGGAGUUUCUGCAGAAGGUGGAAGAGACUGAGGCCUGGAUCAGAGACAAGGAGGUGCUCAUCAGUGUCGGGGACUUGGGGAAGGAUUAUGAACAUGGAGUCCAACUGCUGAAGAAACUGAGCGAGUUCAGAACCAAAGGACGAGGGGAGGAGACGGUGGAUGACGCUCACAUCAGAGCCAUAAAUGACAGUGCGGCUCGUUUGGAGAAGAGGCAGAGGACAGAGGAGCUCCAGACAGUGAGGAAGAGGAGGCAGCAGCUCAACAACAGGUGGAGCAAGUUCCAUGUGGACCUCAGCGAGUACAAGGAGAAACUGCAGGGGGCGCUGGUGGUGCAUGAGCUCAUUAGAGAGUUAGAGGAGCUCCGGGACAGAGCCAGUGAGAAGAUGCUGCUGGUCCAGGGUCAGGACUGUGGCUCUGAUGUGGAGACUGUGGAGAAUCUGAUCCGACGACACGAAGAGACGGAGAGAGAGACCCGAGUCAUCACGGAGAGAGCUCAGACUCUGGAGCAGGAGGUGAACUCUCAGUUGAAGAUCAGCUCUGUCCUCAAAGACAAGCUGAAGGACAAACUCAGAGAGACGCAGAAGAUGGUGAAGGACCUGAGACAUCAUGUGACAAACAGGAAGGAACGUCUGCAGGAGGCCCACCAGCUGCAGCUCUUUAAAGCCAACCAGCGCCUCCUGUUGGACUGGUGCAAGAAGUGCAGCCGAGACAUGGAGCAGAGAGGGGCCCCUGAGAGCCCAGAGGAGGCGGAGCAGUUUCUCACUGAACACACGGACUGGAGGGAGGAGAUAGACGCUCGCUCUGAGCGCAUAGACUCUGUGAAGGACUUUGGAUUAGGCAUGAUCAGGUCUGGACAUGAGUUUAAGUCUGAGAUCCAGAGAGCCCUGGACCAGCUAGACCACGCCAAAUCUGACCUGGAGCAGGCCUGGACUAAACGUGGUCUGGUGUUAGAGCAGGCUCGGACUUUACAGAUGUUCCUGUCUUCUGUGGAGCAGUGUGAGCUUUGGCUGAGCAACAAGGAGGCUUUUCUGUCCAGUCACGACCUCGGGGGCUCUGUCUCAGAGGUGGAAGUUCUGCUGAGGAAACACGCUCAGUUUGAGGAAGAGCUGGAGACCCAGGUCCAGCGGUUGCAGCAGGUGGAGGCUCAGGCCCAAGACAUGAUCCAGAACAAACACCAGAGCUCACAGACCAUCAGAGAGAAGAGCAAUGCACUCAGACAGAGACGCAGUGAACUUCAGAAGAGAAGCAGAACUCGGCGCAGAGAUCUGGAACAAGCUCUUGAGCUGCAGCAGUUUCUGUCCAACACUUAUCAGUUUGGAGUGUGGUUGUCUGAACGCAAUGCUGUAGCUCUGGAUGAGAACUGGAGGGAACCAACCAACCUCCAGGCCAAACUCCUCAAGCACCAGAGCUUUGAGAGCGAAGUCCUGGCCAACCGCUACCAACUGGACAAUCUCAGCAAGGAGGGUCAGACGUUGAUGGCUGAAAGUCGUUCUGCUGAGGUUAAAGUUGGGCCCAAACUCAAAGAAAUGACAGAAAACUGGGAAUCUUUGCUCCACAACUGUAAAGAGAAAAAGAGCCGACUACAGGAGGCCUACCAGGCGCUGCAGUUUGAGCGUAGCCUUGACGACAUGGAGCAGCGGGUGGAGUCAGUGGAGAGGGGCGUGUCCAGUGAAGACUGUGGCUCUGACGUGUCAACGGUCACUCGGCUCUUGAAGACUCUGCAGGGGCUGGAGCAGGAGGUGGAUGGCCUACGGGACCGGUUACAGACUUUGUUGGAGACGGCGAAGAGUCUCCAAUCUCAGGGGAACUUCAUGGCUGAGGAGAUCCAGGGCAGAGUGGCUCAGACCAUCAAGAGGUACAACGGUCUGAGUGAGCCCAUGCAGAGGCGUAGGGAGACUCUGGAAGCCUGGCACAGUCUGUUUCAGUUCCAGAGAGACGUGGAGCUGGAGGAGGCCUGGAUCAGAGAGGUUCUGCCCAGUGUCAGCAGCCCCGAGCUGGGUAACACUCAGAGCUCCACCCAGCAGCUGCUCACCAAGCACCAGUCUCUGCUGCAGGAGCUGUCCAGCCACUCUGCCUCAGUCAAGUCCAUUCAGGAGGCAGGACAUAACCUGGUCAGGGCGCGGCACUUUGCCUCUCACGACGUCCGAGAGCGUCUGGAUGAACUGAAGCGCCUCCAUGAGCAGCUGAAGACUGAAGCUCAGAGGAGAGACAAGCUCCUACAGGAGGCUCUGCGCAUCCACAGCUUCAUGGGGCAGGUGUCAGAGAUGGAGGAGCGUCUGGAGGAGCAGCGUUUGGUCCUGGAGAGUUCAGACUGUGGCAGAGAUGAGGAGGCCACACAGGCCUUACUCAAAGCGCUUGACUCUGUGGACUCUGAGCUCGAGAACCAUCGCAAGACUGUGUCCAAGCUGCAGCAGACAGGAGCUGAACUGGAGAGCCUCAGGCAUCCCAACAGCCCCCUGGUGACUGAGUCUCUCCCUGUGAUCGUGGACCUUUUUGAGUCUCUCCUGCGUCUCUCCUCGUCUCGUCGAACCUCUCUGUCAGACCAGCUCCGUCUUUUUGCUUACGACCGAGAGGCCAAAGAACUACAAACAUGGCUGACCAACAAGAAGAGCCUGGCUGAGUCUGAAGACUGUGGGCAGGACCUUGAGGGAGUAGAGGUUCUUCAGAAGAAGCUGGAGUCUCUUGUGGCUGAGGUGUCUUCUCUAGGGCGUAGUCGUCUCUCGGAGGUCCAACGGCUGGCCCGGGGGCUUCAGAGGGAUGCUCAGGCUCGAAACAGGGACGAGACUGUGAGCCACCUGUGGGAGGAGCUAAGCAGCGCGCUCACUACCAGAGAACAGAAGUUGCGUUUGGCUCGAGAGGUUCACCAGUUUAACCAUGACGCAGAGGAGCUGAAGGGAUGGAUGGCAGAGAAAGACCUGGUCCUGGACUCUGAAGAUCUGGAACAGGACCUGCUCUCUGUGCAGACUCUGUUCAGACAGCACCAGGCUCUAGAGAGAGACUUGGGCCUGAUCUCUGAGGAGGUUAGCCGCUGUAGAACCGAGGGCCGUGCUCUGAUUCGUCGACAGCCUGUGGCCCAGCGCUCUGUGGAGCAGAGACUGGAGGAGCUGGAGGAACACUGGAGCAGCCUGGAGCUCAAAGCCUCGAGCAGAAGAGCAAGACUGGAGAGAGCCCAGGAGGUGUGGAGCUUCAUGGACCAGAGCAACCAGAUCAUGUCGUGGCAGAAGCAGAUGCUGUCUCUGCUCAGAGCUGAGGCUCAGGUGGUCUCAGGAUCCGACCUGGAUCAGCUGAUCAGGAAACACACAGAGAGGCGUGAUCAAAUCAACCGCCAGACGAGUAAAAGCGAUGCAGUAAGAGAGGAGGGGAGCAGGCUACUACAAGAGGGAGGCCUCAUGUGUGCUGAGGUGGAGGCUCGGGUGUCGGAGCUGCAGCUGCUGCAAGAUCAGCUGAUCUCUUUGUGGGAGGAGCUCAGAGUGUUUUAUGAAGAAGAACGAGAGAUGUUUGUCUUAAGGAGAGAGCUGGAGCAGGCCGAACGCUGGCUCAGCAGCCACGAGAGGGCGCUCACCUCACAGGACUAUGGGGACUGCGUGUCUGAUGUGCUGGAGCUCCUGAAGAGGCAGGAGGAUCUGGAGGCCAUGAUCCAGGCUCAAAACGACCGCUUCAGUGCUCUGCAGAAGAAGAUCACUCAGAGAGAGAAGAGACUGCAGAUUUUGAGGAAUGAGGAUGUUUCUGACAGAAAAUCUCCAGUCAGAGUCUCGUCUCUGAAGAGGAAACCUUCUGACCCCAAACCGAGACCUGCAUCCCCCUUAAUAAACGCCCGGACCACUACUCCAGCUGACCGCUACAGCAGAGAGCAGACCACACCUUCAUCUGACCGCUACAGCAGAGAUGAGACAGACAACAAAUCCACUGUCCGCUCAUCCUAUAAAGACCUCCAGCCCACACUUUCAUUUGACCACUACAGCAGGGAGGAGGAGACUGACAAAGCACAGUCCUCACCCGUGUCUCCAACCAGACGAAGAGACUUUCAGAAGGCCUCUGUUUCUGACCACAGCUCUGAAGAGGAGACUGAAAGGAUGACCACAGCUAAACCACACAAAUCUACUGUACCAAAACUUCCAGAAUCCUCCACCAUUUUGUCCUCAUCAAAACCUCUCACCGCACCAAGAUCACAGCUGUCCUCUCUGUCUGACCACAGUACCAAGGAUGAAAAAACAUCUCAAAUGUUCUCAGCAAAACCACAGGAAGGCACUACAACGUCAUCACCAAAACAUCAGGAAUCUUCAGCCAUUUCAUCCUCACCAGAAUCUCGUACCAGGUUUAGACAAAGAUCAAGUGAUACAAACAUGAGGGAUGCAGCUCUGUCUGACCACAGCAAAGAGGAGGAGAGCUAUGGAACAUCCACAGCACAACCACGUACCAGGCGAUUUAGGAGCUACAGAUCUGACCCCAGUGAAGAUUCCACUCCACCAUCUCCAACCAAACCUCCAGAAUCUCCAAGCAUUUCGUCCUCACCAGAAUCUCACCCUAGUUUUAGACCCAGAUCCAAGGACAGAAACAUCAGGAACGCAGCUCUAUCUGACCACAGCAAAGAGGAGGAGAGCUAUCAAACACCCACAGCACAACCACGUACCAGCCAAUUUAGGAGCUUCAGAUCUGACCCCAGUGAAGAUUCCACUCCACCAUCUUCACCCAAACCUCCAGAGUAUCCAACCAGUGAAUCUAAAGUCAAACCACCACUAGCUCCUAAACCUCGCGUGAUGUCUGCAGCGUCCAGCCAACAAUCUGCAUCUGGAGAGUCCAAACGGGAUUCACCUCCACUGGUCAGAAGACUCACUCCUCCGGCUGUAGCCCCUCCCCCUCCUCCUCAAAGUCCUCUAGAGAUGGCCCUAAGAAGAGCGGAGUUCACUGUCAUUAAAGAAGAGUCUAAGACAAUCACAGAGCCAGAUUCCGCAGCCCAGCCCACUUUACAGGAAGAGAAGCAGAAAUCAGAAAAUCUGCCACCAGAAGAGCUGGAGGUGAGCUGUGGGCAGAACGUCAGGAUGCAAGGGGCGCUGGAGCUGAAACGAAAGCAAGGAGGAAGUAAGCUGGAUCACUGGGAGCAGGUGUUUGCUGUGCUGGAGUCUGACUCUCUGAGACUGUUCCAAGACAAAGAGGCUGCCGCUCAAGGAACCCCCGGGUGGCCCCCCAUCAGCCUGAGAGGAGCCGUGUGCAGAGAGAACGUGUACUACAGAAGAAAAGAGCACACGUUCAAACUCAUUCUGGAGGACAGGAGUCAGUUCAUGUUUGCUGCUCACAGUAAAGAGCUGCAGCUGCUGUGGAUCAGGAGGCUCCAGAACCAGGACUCCGCCUCCUCAGAAUCCGAGGACUCAGGAAGGGCGUCUUCAGUGAACCUCAGUCUGGAGAAACUCACUGAGGACACACCGCCCCAGAAACAAGAGGAGACAGAGGAGAAGAGAGAGGGAAGGAGAGAGGGAAGAGAGGAUAAGAGGAGAGAGGGAAGAGAGGAGAGUCCAGAGCAACCCUCCAGCCCUCCCCCCAAACCUCCUCACACCUACUACAAACUGCACCGCUACACUUCAGACGAAUCUGUUCCAGACUCAGAACCCAAGGACCCCCAGACCCCUACAGCUCCAGCAGAGGCCACCAGAGAGCGCUCUCGGUCCAGUGUCCUGCGCAGGUUUUUCAGGAAGUGAGCCUGAGCCUAAAACCAGGACUGAACCAGAACUAAAGCAGACCUGAAGCAGAACUACACCAGAACUAAACCAGGACUAAACCAGGACUAAUAUUGGUCUAUAACAGGGCUAUUCCAGAACUAAACUAGGACUAAACCUAAACAAAAUCAGAACUGAAGCAGAUUAUACCAGGAUUAUACCAGGAAUAAACCAGAAAUGAAGCAGGUGUAAACCAGGACUAAACCAGGACUAAACCAGGACUAAACCAGGACUAAACCAGGACUAAACCAGGACUAAACCAGGCCUAAGGCAGGACAGGUCGAAGUUGGAAGGAUGUGCUCAGAGAGGGACAGAGGUAAGAUCAAGCUGCACUUUAUUCACGUGUACUUCCACUUUCAGUCACACUGUGGCGCUGUGCCCAAGUACAUUAGGUUUUAAGAGUAAAAA